GAUUGGUCGGUGCCGACAGAGACGAUCGGAACGCGCUUGCUUGGCCGCACACCGCUUGUCAGUUCGUGCUUAGUUAGCGCAGAGUAGAUCUACGCGAACACGUGUUAGUGAACAGUGUCGAGAUCGCCGACGUUUUUGUUGUUAGUGACCGGGUGACAGUUGUAGUAUGCCGACGACUAUGAUCGCUAUGAAAACGUACGAAUGCAGAUAGUGGUGCUAUGUAGUGUGGCUGUGAUAUGCCGCUGUACAGUGAGUUCGAGUGAACCAUGCCACACGUCUCAUCCAGUGGCGGCGAUGAUCUCGGCAGCACCGAUGAGGUUAAGGUGUUCAAGGACGAGGGUGACGGGGAGGACGAAAAGAGGUCCUCAGAGAACCUCACCGAGGAGAAAAGUAGCCUUAUUGACCUCACAGAGUCUGAGGAAAAAUCCGGAAGUGGAAACUACAAUUCUAGCAGCAAAAAUGUGCAACGACCCGACCACAGCCCCGUGUUCGGCAAGGUGGAACCUGUUCCCCACACAUCUUCAUUCAACAUGGGAUACCUCGUGUCGCCGUAUAGUUACGCCAAUGGAGCAGGUGGACCAAUCCCUGUCUCAAUGGCCGGAAAGAUGGGACUUGGCCCCACAGGUCACAUGCCUUUCUUCUGCCAUAAUGGGGAUCCGUUAUCGCAACCGCCACCAGCGCACAUGGGAAUCCCACCGUACCAGUUGGACAGCAAGGGGGCGGCAUCCAUGGGUGAGUACGGGGGCUCACCUCAGCCGCAGCCCCUUAGCCCAGCCGAAUGGAGACGACUCGGGCCGCUGCUCGCCGCCACAGGGCUCACACGACCCCCUAUGUACCCUUUCUCAGCUGGACAAUACCCAUAUCCGAUGCUCAGUCCAGAAAUGUCACAGGUGGCGAGUUGGCACACUCCCAGUAUGUAUUCCUUAUCGCCAGGUGCGGGAUUCCGAAGUCCUUACCCCAGCACGUUACCCAUCUCUACGAGCAGUUUGCCCAGCGAUUUCUACAGAUUCUCGCCAACCGGGUUGAUACAACCACAUCCCGGUUUAUCACCCCACCCGCCUCAUUUAACGUCACACCCCGCAAUCGUUACCCCUGGACCCAAACAGGAACUACCUGAUCUUAAUCACAGGUCACAAGUCGAUCAUAAAAAUAAUAUAGAUGGUAAGAAUAAUCAGGACAGUAAUGAAAAGAAGAAGCCUCAUAUAAAGAAACCCCUCAACGCCUUCAUGUUAUAUAUGAAGGAAAUGAGAGCCAAAGUUGUAGCAGAAUGUACAUUAAAAGAAAGCGCUGCGAUCAAUCAGAUAUUAGGAAGACGGUGGCACUCGCUGAGCCGAGAAGAACAAGCCAAGUAUUAUGAAAAGGCGCGCCAGGAGCGCCAAUUACACAUGCAGCUGUACCCGGGCUGGAGCGCUAGAGACAAUUACGGUUACGGCACCAAGAAGAAGAAGCGAAAGAAAGAGCGAACACCUAUCGAGUCGGGAGGUAAUAGUAUGAAGAAAUGCCGAGCAAGGUAUGGAUUAGAUCAACAAAGUCAAUGGUGUAAACCAUGCAGGCGAAAGAAAAAGUGUAUACGAUAUAUGGAGGCAGGAGAUGGAAACGAUGGUAACCAAUCAGAUGACAAUUUAGGCAGCUGCGGAAGCAUGGGUGACGCCCAUACGCCACCAGACGACGACAACGAGAGCCUGAACCAAUCCAUGUCAAGUCCAGGAGGAUUAUCCGCCUUGAGCAGCCUAACAAGUCCUGGCGGCAUGGUAAUGCCUAGUCCUUCGACGAGCGUAGCCAGUCCGUCAGUCAGCGUCGCAAGCCCUUAUAUGCUUCAGAGUCCUUUGACACCACAUGAAGCGUUUGAUGUCAAAGUUCCUCUACCCCCAGUUUCACAUCAUCAUCAGCCCACGCGAAACCCAGUAGGGACUAACCCCCACGAUAUAAACAAUCCACUGAGUGUCAAUCAGUUGACGGGACAGUGCGUCAGAAACGAUAAUUCCGAUGCCAACGGUAACAAAGAGACACGGUCGAUUAUUAGCGUCACGUAGCCUCUAGUAAUUAAACAAGAAAAUCUGGAUUCUUAACCCGGUCACUUUGCUGAUUGAUAUUUUGGAACGUUUUGAAAUAUGUCGUUGGUAUAUUGCACAAAAGGGAUUGUUUAAAUAAAAUUAACCGCUCCAAGGAGAGGAAUUUAUUGAAUUGGACUUAUCAUCAAGGUAUCUACUCAAGGAAACUUUUUUGCUUAGAAUUUUUCAAACAAAAAUUAUUUAUUCUUAACUAACUUAUUUCUAUUUGUGAUUAGUUCAAAUGAAUUUAUAAAAAAAAUUGAUGAUGCUUAUCAAACAAUCUUAAUUAGAGAAAUUCAACUUGGAAUUAUAAAAAUUAUUUAACUGAAAUCCUUGCUAACCUAACCUAACCUAAUUUCUCUUUUUUUAUUUACGCCAUGCUCUACCUCUUAUAUAAGAAAUAUAAAUUUAUGAGACUACAUAAUCUUUUAAAAAUUUUGCUCUUUUAUUUAUGUGUGAAAAUUUUCAAAAUAUUUAAUACCGAUAUGAUCACACUUUGAUUAUUUUUUGUCGUCACCAGUAGCUGUUUCAGCAGAACUACUCAUUUUGAUAGUUCUUCCUCAAUAUACUUUUGAAAAACAUACUUUACAUAAAGUACAAUCUAAAUAUAGAUCAAUAAGUUUUAGUACUUUUCAACUAACAUUAAUAAAAAAUUAAUACAAAUAAGAACUAUAUUCAACUAUAUAGGAGAGUCUUCUUUAAUCUUAGGAAGAAUAUGGAGAACUCAUUCAACUCAACAGACAUAAAAAGAUUUUCCAAAGUUAUCUGUACAGAAUAUCUCAUUCUCAUGAUUCAAAACUUAUUAUUUUUUAAGAAGUUUUUUUAAGAAUAAAUUUUUGAAAAUUCCACAACAAAGAAGUUUCUGAUAUGUAUGUUAUCCCUCCAAUCAAAUUUGGUGUAACGAUUAUUUUGAUAGGAUUUUGUUGGAAACAUUUCAUACAAAAUAUUCCAAAUUUAAUAAUUUAUGGUUAUUAUUAUUGAAAAUCCCUAAAUAUAUUAACAAAGAAAUUUCAAAUUGUCCAAAAUAUCAUUUAGCAAAGUUGUUAAGCUUGAGAUGAAAGAUGUAUAUAAAACCACCUGUGAUUUUACAAACUGUAGCGUUGUCAAAGAGAUGGUGGGUAAUUAUGUGUAAUGUCGUGCAGUACGUAUGAUCUCAAUUGGAACUUAAGUGCUGCAAUUUUUUUUACUAUGUAACAUAAAUGUCAUUUGCCAAAAUCACCUCUAUAUAUAUUAUAUAGAAAUUUAUAUUACAAAUUUCCGAUUUUUUAAAUAUUUUUAGUUAUUUAUAUGGACUGUUACAGUGAAAGAAUAAAAAAGAUUGAAUGGAACACAAUACCGUGAUAAUUUUUGUAGGUUUGAUUUAUAUUUGUUACAAAUUGAUUGAAAUAACCGUAUAUUUUAUAAAUUGUGAAAGUAAACUUCAAAAAGUACAUACAGUGUUGCUUCAUAAGUUAUAUUAGUAUCAAUUUUCUGAUACUCUGUAUAGUUCUUUGGGAUCCCAAGUUCUUGUUUGAUGUAUCCAUUUAUUUUAUUUUUACAAUAACAAGAUUUUCUUAGUUCGAUUUUUCAAACUAAUUUAAACGAGGAAUCAUAGUAUUAUACACAUAGUAAAUACUAUAAUAUAAUGGAUGUUCAAAAGUACCUUUACGCUGACUUCUCAAUAUCCUUCAUGUUUCUUGACUAAAUUGGAAUUUCUGUAACCAUUGCUGACAUUUAUAUUAAAAACACUGUUUACUACCACUAUGCCAACACUUAAAAUUAAACUAUCUUUUCCUUCAAUCCCAAUAUGAUUCAGUGACCUAUGGAAGGUCAGAUGUAGUUGUAUAGUAGUAGUACACAGGAUUUUCAUUAUACUUAUUUGUAAACUGGGAGGUAUAUUUAUUGUUCUUCUUCCUCUUUUAUCAUAAUCAUAAGUCCGUCUUCACUGAUGUUAUUGAUAUGGUACCUCUUAUAUUCGUUCACUUCACUUACCACACUAUUCAGUCCAAUAUUAAAUAAUAGAUAUGGCAGAACAUGUCUAAGUGCUUUAUUAUGUGUGGGGAAUUCAAGCACUCUUUGUGUAAAGUUAUUUUAAAUAUUAUUGGCUCCAUUGUUGUUUUAAUCAGUCUUUUGUUGGUAUUCCAGGUCUCCCACAGCUUCAUACCAUUUAGGUCUAAGUAUAGCGUUAUAAGUUGCUUUAAAAUCCAUAAAUAUCGGGCUCAUGAGUUGUUUCAUCUAGCUACUAAUCCACCUGCUUCUUCGUUAUUAAUGAUUUCAGAUUAGUACUUGAUUCUUUUUUAAAGUUCUAAUAUUCAUUUGUAUUGAAAUCAUAUUUACAUUUUUUGUUGAAUAUCCAGUGUUGUUAUAGAAAUAUUAUUAUAAGUGAUAUAUUAAUGACUGUAAAACUAUUUAUUGUAUCUAAAUAGUUAUAGAAAGAUAAACUGGAACAUGGGAUAAUAAUUUGUUUAGUUUAGACUUCAUAUUUUGUGCAAUUGAAAUUUGUUAGAGUAAAACGAGUUCCAUCAAUAAGACAUUUUAUUCUUUCAUUAAAUAUAUUUUCAUAUUUGGAUGAUGCAGCUUAAAAGUACUUAAAUAUGUAUUUGUGUGAUCUCUUCUUUGCUAAGUUUCCGCAUGGAGAAAAUUAUAAAAUCUGUUAUAUACAUUUUAUUGCUUCUACGAACAUUUACGAAAAAAGUGAACUGAAUAUAUGAUAAUUCAAGAAACUUGUCAGUUAUUGUAGAUUAUUGGUCAUCUUCAUUGUGCAUAUCAACAUAUCUGUAGCAUUACAUUUUGAAGACAAUAUUUUUAUUUUACAUUCAUAAAACUAAUAAAUCUAAAUAUCAACAAAAAUUUUCAAUAUAUUAGAUUUAAAGAUUCAAAAAAUGAUUUUAACCUAAUAAAUUACAAAUAUAUAAGUUUUUGCGGAGGCUCUUUAAUGAUAUAAAAAUGUGCAUAUAUUACUGUAAUAAUAUUUUUUUAUUAAAACGUUGGAAAUAUUUGGCUGCAUCAUUCAUAUAAUUUAUCAUACUGGUUGAUUCGUCAAGUGCAAUUUCAGUUUUUCUAGAUAUUCUAGAUUUUUUGUUUGAAUCUAACUGAUAUGAGUGAAUAACUUCAGUGCCACAUAGUUUACUGCUGUUUUUUUGCAAAUGUAUUUGCUCAAAUUCGUAAAUUAGAUGGAUGUUUUAGUUUAAUUUUUGUUUGAAAAAGGAUGUUGCUAUAUCUAGACUAGUUUUCUUUGAAAUCAAAAAUGGUACCUGAUCCAAUCCAUAGAACCUCAAAUCAACCAUUACUUUUAUUAUACUAUUUCAUUUCAAAAAAAUAGGUUUAAGUUGAUAUAUGAAAAACUUUAGCUUUUUUAUUGUGUCUAAAUUAAUAUGUCUAGAUUUAGGAACAAACCUAACAAAUUUUUUUGAAAAUAGUGACAAUAUUAUAUGAAAAAGUUUAUUUUCAACUACCAGAAUUUGAGAAACUUAGAAAUAAGAUGUAUAUUGCUACAAAAAUAUUGUAAUUACUAUGUACAUACAAAAAUGUUAUAUCAGAAAACUUAUUAUCUUGUAAAAUUUGCUUUAUUUGACUUUUUAAAUUUUAUUUGUUAAAUGUGGCGAGCCAUACACAAUUUUUUGUGAGAAUGAUUAUCUUUUUAGCAAUUCCUAAUAAUUUUUGUUUUUUUUUUAUCUACUUUGUAUUGAGAGCAUUUCUCAGUGUUUAAAAAAGAGUUAAAAUUAUUAUUCUCAAGUUCUCCAAUUGUACUGAAAGAUAGAUUCCUGUGUACAUAAGACCUUAUUGGUUUUUUGUGGACUAUGUUAUAAAUGUCAGGCAGCUAUAGUGACUAAUCAUGGAAGUAAUAAAAGCAAAUUAUUUCUAAUGUAACCUUCAAUUUUUUAAUUUUAUUCUUGAAAAUGCUGCUAAUAUUUUUUCAUAUUUCAUCUGCCUUGUGCAGCUCUAAAACGUGGUUAUAUUUCUAAAUAAAGUUUCUUGAUUUUUAUAUUUGAGAAAUGCUCAUUUGUAGAAAAAAUUUCAUUUUUAGAUUUCUUUUACAAUUUAAUAGCUUUAUUAUUGUGCAAAUAUUUCUUCACAUUGCAAUAUUUUGUUGAAAAAAAAAACUUAUGUAAAUAACUUUUUUGAAAUAUCAAUAUGGUUAAAAUCAUUCUAAUUUUCUUUUGGAAGACGCUUCAGUUUUACGUUUAAUUUUUUUUAAUAUGAAAGGAGAUGUGAUAUUUUAUACUAUUUAAAAUGAACAUUAUGUUUGGCUUCCCUCAGGAUUUUGCAUUUAAUGACUCCAAACGACCAUUCAAACAUAAUUAUUAUAAACUGAUUAAUUUUUUUCAUAUAAGCUUUUUGCUUCUAUUAAUUAUUCAUUCAAUCAUUUCUUGACCUUGUUAUUUUCACUACUUUAUAGACUUUAUAUUAGUUCUACUAUUUAUUUUGAUACAAUGUUUGAAUGGUGGUUUUCAAUCAAUUUUUGGAACAAAUUAUCAACUGACUUUUGAAAAAUUUGUUAAUUAUGUCCCGUUUUAAAGAGAUUAACUGUGCCAUAUUCCAUUUUGGGGCGUAAUGAACAAAUUAAAUGACAGUUAAGAACAAAUUGUGACUGCUUAAUUUUACGGAAAUAUCUUUAAGUUUUGGAUAAGUGCAAUGUAACGUAAUUUGAAAAUAAAGUUUUCUUUCAAAACGACAGAGCGACUCGUCAAAUCAAAAGACGUAAUAUUUCAUUCCAAUUUACCUUACAAAUCUGCAUAAUGAUUAUGCUUAAGAUAUAUUUAAUUAGAUAGAUACAUUAUCAAGUCGAAAAUUUCGAAUUAUCAUUACUAUGAUGAUUCUGUUGAGAACCAAAAUCAAUGGUCAGUAUUUAACUAUUUAGUUUAACUAUUUGCCAAAUAGUUUUCAGUUGAUGUAUUAUAACAUUUCCAAUUUCUGUUAUAUUCUCUUAUAAAGAUCUAAAAAAAUUCAUCUUUUCACGUCUCGAUUUUCGAUAUCUUACUGUGCUUAAGUAAAAAAUGAAGUCAUAGAAUAACUUGUCAGUUUAUUUAUAUUUCAUUUAUUCCUCUUUCAAUUAUUUCAAAUCUGGUUAAGCUGAUUUCUUGUUAUAAUCUCCAAUUCUCCCUUUUUUUUAUUAAAAUUACAAAGCUUUCCAUCACUUCAUUGAUUUCUUACAUUUUGUAUUUUGUUUAGUUUUAAAUAUGAAUAUUGAGAUUUAAAUUUGUUUCAUUUAGCGGAAAAUAAUUUCUGCAUUAAAAAAGAGUAGUAACUAUUAUUUCGAUGUACUUUUCCUUCUUGGUAGAGCAUUUGUAUCGGAGUCAUAUUUUCGUUUCUACUACAAUAGCCACUAUUCACCAGUCAGUUAACAUUUAUCUUAAUAGAACUGUUACGAAAAGUCCGUCUUUUCAUUAUAAACUAUGUUAUUUACUUAUUUAUUUCCAAAAUAUUAAGUACAAUUAUAAAAAUAUUUUUUCUAAUCUAUUAAUGAUCCUUUAGGAAUGAAAAUUACGUCCUUGGUGACACAAAACGUUUGAAUAAAUUAAAACAAUUCCUUCGUGUUGAAGAAAGCUUAGAGUUUGUUUAGGUAAAGACAAGCUAUGCAUCAGGCAUUUUUUUUUUCGAUUGGACAAUAAAAUAGAGUUUUGAGCAUUUGUAGUACGUUUAAUACGAAAAAGACAAUUUUUAUAUGGCUUUGGGUACAAAAAAUGAAAGACCUCCAUUACAAUAAAUUCAUUGUUAUCAAUUAAAAAAAACAUAAAUGAAAAGUAGAAGCAUAUAAAGAAUUUUUUGAAGGACGCUCCAUAUUACAGUUUUAUCUUCUAUAGCUUAUUUAACCAUCAAGAAAGAAAAAAUAUAUUUUGUAUUAAUUUUUUAACACAAUUACAUUUUUUAUUUUCACAUUUUUAUAUACAAUUAUUGGCAAUAAUAAUUAUUAAUAACUUGAAUUAUUGAUGUUAAUAUUGUUUAUUAGUUGUACUACAAAUAAAGCUCAAAUAUUUUUCUUCUUUUUCCCUUACUAAUAAAUAAUAUUAGUAUUUCAAUUAGUUUUAAAAUGACACAUUGCCUGUUAUCUAGUUUGGUCUGAAAAUUGUACAUUUAGGAUCGUGGUAUUUUGAAUACCGUUCUCAAAUGUACUGAAUUUAUAAAGUAAAUGAUUAUACAUAUAUAAAUACUUCUAGAAAUUAAUAUUUUAGAUGUUAAUAAUGUCUUUGUAAGUAGCGUCUGUUCGUAACAUCGUAUAGGUUAGGAUCAUUAAAUACAAAACUUCAAAUAA